AUGGGGUCGCAGAUCUCAUGGGUCGAGAACGUCUACAGCGAACUACUAUUCUCACGGGACAUCGCUGUCUCUUGGGAACUGGACCUCUUCAUGCAAGACGUUGCCCUUGUCCGGCUGCCCUUGUCCGGCUGCAAGCUUGGUGACGAUGUUGAUGCCAAUGAUGUGGACCUGACAGGGCAGAAGAAGAAAGCCCUCUUUUUUCUCCCCCCUGGCCCUCAUGAUGCUAUGCCCCGUGGACCCAGGAACAAGUUGUUCUACUCUGGAUCUGCAGUUCAGUUGGUUACUUUCCGUGACGAUGCAGGCGAAACUAACGCGGCAGGCGGGCUUCAUGACUAUUUUCUCUUGUCUUUCAGUUCUGCCUCUCCGGAAGUCAACGGUUAA